GUAUCAAAGGCGUGUAAUAAUCGUACUUAUCAUACUGUUUUCCUUGAUACGCCCAGAAAUCCUUUAUACAUGUUUAAGUUUUGCAAGUAGAAUAAUUUGAAUAAGUGUAAUAUGAUUAUGGGAAAAUGUACAAUAUGUUAACGCCUGUCAAAGUAGGAACAGCUGAUUUCUGUUGGCAGAGGUGCAAUAAUAAAAUAGGAUAAAAGUACACCGCAAUAGUGAUUAAGAGCACUUAUCGAUUGUGAUUCUUGUUGUGAUAUGAUAUAGUUUUCAAAGUUUGCCAAAAUGCUUCAUUAUAUUCUCAUAAUAUUAUACAUAUGUGCUUCUAUAAGCGCUGAAGAAGUUCAAGAAUCAACAUUUAUAAUAUCCUUAAACAACACAUAUUCAAAUGACGAGCUAUACAGCAGCAUAAUUGAUGUAAAAAGCAAAUCUAAAACCCACUUUCAAUUCACCGAUGUUAAUAAAGAUAUCUCCUUCAUCGUCUUUCAAAUGCAUAGUCAUCUUAACAAUAUUUCUAUGCGGAAUGAGACUUGUUUUAACAAUAACAAGUCAAAUCGCACUUGUGAGAUAUUAACUGGUAUGAAUAUUGGUUUAUUCAGCACAAUGCCUAUAUCUGACAUGUCGGUGACAAAUUUGAAUGAAAAGGAUUUGAAAAUAUUGAUAGCCGUCCAUGGAUACAUUUAUGAUGAUCCAGUGCCCGGCGGUUGCAACCUAGAUGGCCCUGUAGAAAUACCGCCAUUCGUUUCAACAACCACAUCACCUUACAGAGACUACAUAAGCGUAACCGCUCCAGCGCCUAGCCCUAGCUUAGCUCCCGAUAUGUGUGAACAGACUUUACAAAGCUUAACGUUCUACAGAUUAUACUUGCCUGAAAGGGAUUUUAGUAUGGACUCGUACUUUGGAGGAAUCAAAGCUAUGAUGAGCUAUCCUAGUGUUUUGAAGUAUGGUGACGAGAUACCCGAAACUCAUCGAUCGAACGUCCGCCGUACAAUGAGCGCCUACCCCGGCACCGGGGUAGUGUUCGUCGCAGUAGCACUGUUUAGGAAUUAUAAUGGCACUGCAAAUCCAAUUCCGCGGUGGUCUACAUAUGUACCGACCGUUACGUAUGUCUGCUCGCCUUUGGUGGAGGACGAUUGCCUAUUGCUUGGUGAUCUGCUAUCCCAAGUCCUUUGCGCGUCUCUCCUCUUCGUGGGCCUGUUUGUGUGCUACUUCGGGCACAAGUUCUUCAAGACGGAGAUGUUCAUGUUCGGGAUGCUGAGCGGAGUGAUCAUCACUUACAUACUGAUCUCGCUGAUUGCUGAGAUGGAGCAAGCCCCUCUGAUUGGUGCAUCCUUCCUCUCCGGGAUCCUGUUCGGUUUCAUCUGGCUGACAUUCUGGUGGUUCUACGGCAUUCCUGUGUUCUCCGUGCUUCUGGUCACCCUGACCUUCGGCUUCUUCGCUGCCUGCGUUCUAUACCAUCAAAUUCCGGGUGGCCUGACAAUGCUGCUUGAAGACCUAAACUUCUGGACGCUAUUCAUCCUAGUGAUGCUCCUGACAGCUGUCAUCCUAACACCAGCUACGUACCCAGCGAACAUCCUCUGUUGCGCUGUUCUCGGCGCGUACGCAGCUAUAUACCCUAUCGACUACUGCUUAGGGUCCAAUUUGAAGUACAUCAUCAUUAACACUGUGAGACGGGCUACUGUUGACAAGUUUCACUAUGCUGUGCUCUCGCCGCCUUUUGAAAAAAAUGAUGCCCUGCUAAUCCUCCUAUGGGUGAUGCUGGCCAUAACUGGAUUCCUGUUCCAACACUACCAUAACCGCGGGAAGCCCCCCUUCCCUCCCCCGCCGAGGAACAUUCGAGAGAGUCCCGAGGGUUACGGCUCUAUCACCCCUUACACACGUUUGGGCGCUGCUUCGGAUCCACCUCUGCGGUCUACAUCCAACCUUACAAGCAACGAAAACACCCCUUUGCUGGCCUAAAAUGUCGCAUAAUCACAUAUACCUACUUAAAGCUUCUUUUCAUAGAUUCCUAUUUGAAAAUUAUCGCUAUUUGAUCUCGCCUUUGAACGUAACAAAAAUUGUUUUAACCUUUAAACUGCGUGAUAUGUUGAAGAUUUAUAAAACUUUCCCAAAAACACUAAUAUGUAAUAUAAAGCAAAUAUUUUUUUAUUACCUAUAGUGGGUACUGAGUUAGGGUCUUCCCACACCUAUCAAUGCGGAAACGGCAAAAGCCGAUAGAAAAAAGCUUUAAGUCUACACAAUAAUACCGAAAAAGACGUCGCUCGAUGCGUCGAUAGGUGUGGAGAGACCCUUAUUAAUCUCUCUAUAACGGUUUUUUGUAUUACUUAAAGUUUUUUUUUACAAAAUAAUUACAAUACUACAACAAUUAAUAAUUUAACAAAAUAAUUAAUUUAAAAAUUCUUACUGCCUAAGUAAGAAGAUUUUAAGUUACAAUUUUAUUAUGUAGUCUAACCUUUUUAAUGGUUUUAUUUAUUCACUUUAAUAAUGUGGUGAAAAGGUUAAAGCGCAAAAUUGCAAAUGUCGUUAAUUUUAUGAAUAAUUUUAAAUUAGUGUAUUUUUUUAGUACUUAGUUUUUUAUUCCUAGUGUUACCAAAUAUUUAAAAUCUUUAAGACUGUUGCCAUUUGUGAUAAUAUGUAUAUAUAUAUGUAUGUACGUUAGAAAUAAUGUAUAAUCAUUACAUUACCCAUAAAUGGAGUUUAUAUAAACCUCUGCUAUACAUUUUUGAAGUGUACAACUUUUUCCCAUUGUCAUUGCCAAAAUCGCGACAGAAAAUGGGUAGUCGUACAUUAGAAGUUGGGCUGACCAGAUGUGGAUGUUUAUUACUGUAAAACUUUUUUUAUUUCGGGGUUGGCCUAGUAGAAGUUGUUCAAACCUAGUUGUACAGUCAACAUUAAUAAUAGCGGAUGAAAUAAUGCACCUAAAGUAUCUGGCAGUCUGAAAUAAUUUUCCAAAUAGAGAUACUUAAAUCUCUAGUAUAUUCAUGGUCAAAAUUAUCUCUCACUAUCUAAAUGUUCUACAUAUGUUUUAUAGUUCGUUUAUUUAGCAUUAGAAAAAUACUACGCGAUCUUUGACGCGUUUAUUUAAUUGACAGCCGCUUUUUAAAAAUCAGUAACUAUUACUUAUGAAAGCAAAAGAAUGUAAAUAAUCGUGUAUGAUUUAUAAUUGUAACAUAUUUGCCGUGACUUAUUUUUCAAAAGUGUUUUUAAUAAAAAGACACGUCCAAGAUUGUUUACCUUUUUUCUAAUGCUAAAAAACGAACUAUAGUGAAUCUAUUAGAAAAUGGCAGAUACUUUUGACGCGUAGUCAGAUACGCUACUUUUGAUGCUUACUGUACCUACGAUAAAUUUUUAGGUUAUCUCAUAUUUAAAGUAUGGCUAGGAUUGUAAAAAGACAACCUGUAUAUAGUAUACUCGUGGCUUGCUUGGGGUAUGUCCAUAAAAUACUCCUAUAUAUUUUAUAUAAUUAUGUCUAGUAAGAUUUGUAACUAAAUUCAUUACAAGUAUAAAGUAUGAAUGCUAAGCGCGAAUAAUUUCGUACAUUGACCCUCGAUUUCCUAUCUCUAUCGCACGCGCGUAAUUAUAUUGCUGUCGCUCGCACAAAAUAUAUCUUCUUUAUUUUACUUUUAACUAUGUUUACUUUAUUUAAGUUAACUAAGUUUAUUUUAGCAGACCGUGUUAAUACCCUGCCAUGUUGAAUAAACACAAAAAAAACUGAAAUCCCAAUCCGUUUAGAUAUAAAGAAUUGGCACUAUGGCAAAAGAUUAGCCAUUCAAAUCAAAUUCAGUUUGAGGGAUGGACAGACAACAUCUAAACCAAUUAUGAGCGCAGAUAAUCUGAAUUGUUUGACAGAGGGGCUGCGUGUUUCUGAUAGAAUUCCAUUAUAGAGUAAAUAGGGUGCAGACUCAGAACUAGUGUAAUGCAAUCAUCUCUACUGAGCCUAGCCAAGAUGGCAAUUGUACAACAAACGCUAAACA